AUGAGCAGAAAGCGGCAGCUAACGAUGGAGGAGGCGUUUGGUGCUGGUGGUACCAUCAGAAGGUCGGUGGGUGAUGGCCAUGAGGAAGGUGGAGGUGAUCUGCCUCUGCCUUCAGUUGGCAAAAAGCCUGAGGCUACGGCUAAAGCUAAGUCUAAACAUCUGGCCGUUGGCGGGAGUCCUUGCCGCGCACGUCGCUCCAGAGCCGCCGCACGCAGUUCCAGUGGUCCACGUCGGUCCAGAGAAAGUUCCUCGUCGGAUACAGGCUCUUCAGAGCUAUGGGAACCUGAAGCUGACCCAAACAGCAGUGACUCAUCCCCCGAUUCCCCCAGAGCAACCGGCAGAGCAGUAAGCAGAGUGCUGGGCCAAUCCAGGAGUACUAAUGCUGGUAAAAGGAGGCCUACAGGCGCUACAUUGAGCAGAGGCGCUGCCAGCGUCCAGGAUGAGGACGAGGAGGACAUCGAGGACAUCGAGGACGAGGAGGACGAGGAGGACGAGGAGGACGAGGAGGACAUCGAGGACAUCGAGGACAUUGAGGACAUUGAGGACAAGGAGGACGAGGAGGACCACAACGAGGAGAACGAGGUGGAGCCUCCUCACCCGGAGGAGCCUCCUCAGCAGGUAGAGCCUCCUCAGCAGGUGGAGCCUCCUCACCCGGAGGAGCCUCCUCAGCAGGUGGAGCCUCCUCAGCAGGGAGAGCCUCCUCAGCAGGUGGAGCCUCCUCACCCGGAGGAGCCUCCUCAGCAGGUGGAGCCUCCUCAGCAGGUGGAGCCUCCUCAGCAGGGAGAGCCUCCUCAGCAGGUGGAGCCUCCUCAGCAGGUGGAGCCUCCUCAGCAGAUAGAAGACAGCUUAAUGAGAAAACUCAAUCAGGUUUGGAUGGAGGCGCAGGUGACCCAGGCACGGCGGCACGCCAGCAGGAGUCAAGGUCACAGCCGCUAG